GUCCGGGGGAGGCCUGGGGCCGCUGGCUUGUGUGCUGUCUCCGCCGUCCCCCAUCUCGCCGCCGCCGCCGCCGCCGCCGCCCCGGGCAUGUCGUCCAACUGCACCAGCACCACGGCGGUGGCGGUGGCGCCGCUCAGCGCCAGCAAGACCAAGACCAAGAAGAAGCAUUUCGUGUGCCAGAAAGUGAAGCUAUUCCGGGCCAGCGAGCCGAUCCUCAGCGUCCUGAUGUGGGGGGUGAACCACACGAUCAAUGAGCUGAGCAAUGUCCCUGUCCCUGUCAUGCUAAUGCCAGAUGACUUCAAAGCCUACAGCAAGAUCAAAGUGGACAAUCAUCUCUUCAAUAAGGAGAACCUCCCCAGCCGCUUUAAGUUUAAGGAGUACUGCCCCAUGGUGUUCCGAAAUCUCCGGGAGAGGUUUGGGAUUGACGAUCAGGAUUACCAGAACUCAGUGACGCGCAGUGCCCCCAUCAACAGUGACAGCCAGGGCCGGUGCGGCACACGUUUUCUCACCACCUACGACCGGCGAUUUGUCAUCAAGACUGUGUCGAGUGAGGACGUGGCCGAGAUGCACAACAUAUUAAAGAAAUACCACCAGUUCAUAGUGGAGUGUCACGGCAACACCCUUUUGCCACAGUUCCUGGGCAUGUACCGCCUGACUGUGGAUGGUGUGGAAACCUACAUGGUGGUCACUAGGAAUGUAUUCAGCCAUCGUCUCACUGUACACCGCAAGUAUGAUCUCAAGGGUUCUACUGUUGCCAGAGAAGCGAGUGACAAGGAGAAGGCCAAGGACUUGCCAACAUUCAAAGACAAUGACUUCCUCAACGAAGGGCAGAAGCUGCACGUGGGAGAGGAGAGUAAAAAGAACUUCCUGGAGAAACUAAAGCGGGACGUUGAGUUCCUGGCCCAGCUGAAGAUCAUGGACUACAGUCUGCUGGUGGGCAUCCAUGAUGUGGACCGGGCUGAGCAGGAGGAGAUGGAAGUGGAGGAACGGGCAGAGGACGAGGAGUGUGAGAACGAUGGGGUGGGCAGCAGCCUGCUCUGCUCCUACGGCACACCUCCAGAUAGCCCUGGCAACCUCCUCAGCUUUCCCCGGUUCUUUGGUCCUGGGGAAUUCGACCCCUCUGUUGAUGUCUACGCCAUGAAAAGCCAUGAAAGUGCCCCCAAGAAGGAGGUUUAUUUCAUGGCCAUCAUUGAUAUCCUUACACCAUACGAUGCUAAGAAGAAAGCUGCACAUGCUGCUAAAACAGUGAAACACGGGGCAGGGGCCGAGAUCUCGACUGUGAACCCUGAGCAGUACUCCAAACGCUUCAACGAGUUCAUGUCCAACAUCCUGACGUAGUUGCUUCUAUCAGCCAGAGCCAGAGAGCUGGAUAUGUGGUCAGGGAUCAGGAGAGGGAGAGGGUAUAUUUGGGCUAGAAGGGAGGGUGGGAAGCAGAGUGGGGGGUCGGGAGGGCUUUAGCAAUGAGACUGCAGCCUGUGAAACUGAAAGAGACUCUAGCUGGGGAGGAGGGGACAUGCUGUGUGUGCACAUGCUCACAGGAUGUAACCUCACCUGCUUACCCUUGAUUUUUUUUGUCCCCAUUUGACCCAGGUUAAAAAGGGGUUCCCCUUUUUGGUACCUUGUAACCUUGUAAGAUACCUUGGGGCUAGGCACGACUUUGUGGGUUUGAGUUUUGUUUCUGAAGUUUCAUUGCUCCAGGUUUGCUAUUUAUAAUGUUGUAUGUCAUCACCCUAUCCACCCUCCCCAUCUCUGCCCAGCUCUCAGUUCCCUUCAACUAAAGAGGCACCCAAUAGACCCAGCACAAGGGUCCUCUUAGAGCAAAGCACUCUGACUCCAGAGAGGAGAGGAGGUCAGACACCUCAGCCUUGCUGCAUUUGGUCUUGUCUGGAUUAACUUUUUAAUUUUAUGGAGUACUGUGCACAACUUCUUCCACCUUUCAACCUUGGAUUCAAGUGAAAUGUUAUAUUAUUCCUACAUCCUGUCCUCCAGUACUGUCCUCCCAAAGGAACACUCCAGGCCAACACCAGACAUCUUGGAUCAGAAUCAGAGAUCUCAGAGGGAGUGUAUUCAUCCUCAUGGGAUGGUAAGGGCUGAGGAAGCUGCUGGGCUCUUGGACAGCUGGUUCUCAGAGAACCCCGUCAUCAUCACCCACGCCCCAGGCUCUGUCAGUCCCUGGAGUUCAGAUGUCCUCUCUGUAAAGCCUGCCUCCCACUGGGUCAAGAGGAACUAGAAAGUACCUUUGGAUAUAACAGGACCCUCAUGUUUAAAUGGUUCUUUCCCUUUGGGAAAACCCCAGAAACUGACGAAUAUCCAAUGAGGUCUUGUGCCCUCCAUUUACUUUCUUCUGAACUCCUCCCAGGCACCUUCACUUGUAGCUGAGAUUUUAGCUGGAAGCAGAUCUCCAGGCACCUGGGGUGCUCUUUGCAGAGAUACCUCUUCAAGCCCCAGGACUACCAUGUAGGUAAUCUGGCUCCCUGUGCCUGUGGUUUGUCACCUGGACAGUUAAAGCCAGCAAGGUGCUUCCCCACCUUGGAGUAUGGCAUCCAAGCCUGAUGUUGCUUCUGAGUCACUUGAGAUGUGACCCGGGAAAUCCAAUUUGGAGGCUUGAUGUGGGGUUUGACCUGGCGCCAACCGUGGGGCUAUUUUUCCAUGUUGCCCUUCUCUAGACUUUCAGCAGGUCUCCAGCCCACGGGCUUCUUUGGAACGAGUGGCAUCCUGCAGCUUCCUUCAGGUUUUCCACCCUCCUCAGAGCCAGCUACCCAGGCCCUCAGAACCAAGCCACAUGUGUCAUUCUGAUGCCGCCAGAGCAGUGUGGUUUGGCUAGGAGAGAAAACGGCCAUGUUGCUCUGCAAUGGAGGCGGGUACAUUCCUGCAUCUUUUCACACACUCACUGAAGAGGAGCUGAGGAUUUGGUAUGAGAUAGGGUGAAAUUUAUAGAUAACCCCAAAGAUGUGAAGAUGGUUUGUAGAACCAUUUUGAAAGAACAGAUUGGUUUCCUGUGGCUCCUUCCAAACUUAGCCAAGCUCAGCUUCUGGAGGUGGAACCAGCCAUGUCUCUGCGCCCCACAGCAUUUAGGACUGGAAAAAAAGGAGAUGGCAUUCUUGGACUUUACUGGGGCUGUUGGAUUGGAUGGGAACUCUUCUAGAAGAGGAAGAUGGGGGUCAAACCACUGCCCUGGCCCCAGGAAGGGGCCGUAGGUAGCUCUGAACAACAGCAAGACCACUGAGUGACUUGGGGAAGAACUUGGAACCAAGUGCUCAUGGAGAAAACAAAUUUGAUUUAGGAAAGGGAUUACGUAUGAAUAAUGUUUGGAUUUUAUCUCCCCACCUCAUAAUCAAGAAAGAAAAUUUGGAUCUGCUCCUAGUCAGGCCUACCAUCUCCAAAGCUUGGAAGGCUGUCCUCCUACAGCCUCCACAGCCUUGGGCUCCUGUGGCUUCUCUGCAUUUGGUCUGCUGAUCAUGAUGCCAUAAUGUGUAUGAAAAGUGUAACACAAUCUUAUCAGUUAAAGAUGACUACCAGGUAUCUAACUUGUUUAACAUUGAGAGAGAGAGAGAGAGAGAGAGAGAGAGUAGAGUGUGUGUGUGUGUGUCUGUGUGUGUGUGUUUUGUUAUUGUUUUGGUAUAUUGUUUACAUUUGGAGAACUAGCAUUCUGUUUCAAAUGCUCUUUUUGUUUUUCUGACAGUAUUGUUGAUUGGGUCAAAACAUUUGAGCUUUGGUUUGGUGGAUUUUAGGGUUUGUUUUUUUUUAAAGGUCAUUCUCUGUGCUAUCUUCAGAACCUUGGGUUUGGCCCUUUAAUUCCUUUGGCAUUCAGACGCUUAAAAACUAUUUAUCUUGGUUUAUUCUUUCUCUUCUCUUCUUUUUGUAAUGAUAAGGAUAUGCUAUUUGGUUUGCAGUCUGAAUGUAGAGAAAGUGAACUGACUCCUUUAACCUUUUGUCUGCCUCCCUUAUUUCUCCCUAAGUCCCACCACUCCCUUCUGGGCAGUAGAAGGCAUUUGAGGGGAAGUGACUAUCUUCAGCCUCAGUCCUUGGGGCCAUGAAGAAAAGCUAAACAGUCUGCAUCCUAGAAUAAUUUGAGGUCUCCCAAGAACAAAGGUGUAAGAAUAAGGACAUGGCUGAUGGGUGAGGCCUGGAUGGGGAUAAGGGAAGAACUCAUCUCCGUUGCCUCAUUCUGCCAGUUACAGGGUAGCAUCUAGUCACAAUUACUGUCCCCACCCCUCGCCUUCCAAAGGUCUACAGUUGAGAAACUAAUCUUCCAGCCAAAGUGAGGAGUGAUCUGAAAACUCCAUUAGAAGAUCCCUAGACGAAGGCCUCUGGCCCUUAUUCCUGCUAAUUAAGCACCGGGUCUGUGUCCCCCCAGCACAAGCUCCUUCCCUGUGCCCUGUGGUUUGGGGGUUGCAAGGCAUGCCAGGAAGCCAGCAGUUCCAGGAGCACAGACUGAAGCAGUGCUCUUCUCUCCUUAUCUAGCUCAGGGGUUAUUGGUCUGUGGCAGGCACCAUGAGUUGCCCUAUGGGUAUUCUCGGUAGCACUUUCUAAGUUCCCACCACAAGUAGCUCUUUCUCCCCGACCCUUUCCUUUUCUCUUGCCUGUGCUUUAGGCCUCAAACAGGUCUCCUGGUAGUGCUCAGGGCAUGAGAGACCAGACUCCUGCCUUGGUGACUUUCCCCUCUUCAGUCUGCCAGGGCCUGCCCUCGGGAAGUGGGCCAAAGACCUCAGACUUUUCUCAGUAGCCAAUCCCACCCACAGUUAUCUUUUUACCAGUUCAGGUUGGGAGAGAGAAAAGAACUUCAAUAUUCCAGCAUUUGAGCUACUCAAUUGUUGGGGCCAGAAGGGACAGUGUAUUUAAAUAACUCUCAGAACUCUGGCCUUAAACCUGUGGCUCCCACCAAGUCUAGAGUCCUCACUUAUUUCUGGCAGUAAUGUGGGGUGGGGGUCCUUAAAGGGAAAACAUAUUCAGAUGGCUGUCCCCAAAUCAGCUAUCUUCAGGAGGCAGUAACAUAGCCGUAGUUCUCUGAGAUUGCCACUUAUGAAGAGUGCCCCCAAAGGGAAAAGGAGACUCAGCUGUCCCUCAACAGGUUGUACUGAGAACCCAGGAAGGAGGCUGGGGAGGAAACUUCUACAGGAAUCCCUCGUCCUUUCUAAGAGCCAUUUUGUGAGGAGGUGGGAGCCCAACACCUUUGGGGAGAUGUCCAGUGCUGCUGAGCACACCCCAGCAUCAGGUCAGAUCAUUGUAAUAAAAAAAUGUGAAUGAAGUUUAGAUUCAACUUUUGGGGACGCAGGAUAAACUACCACCCCACCAUAUGUGUGUGACUUCUAAUUUCCCACUGCAAUUUCCAUUUUUUAAAUAGGAAUUUUCAACCCUCUGUGCUUGUUGUCUGCUCUAAACAGUUCGAGAUGCUGUUAACUGUUUUAAAAUGCAUGCAUGUUACGAAGAAUCUCCAACCCGAGGAAAAAAAUAAAACUUCAAAAGCUUUGUGUA